CAGAGGAAGAAACCACCUGUAAAUUUGAGGGGAAGGAAUUAAAAUAACUAAUGGCGGGCCCGGCAAAUGUAAUAUACCCAUGGAAUAUACUGGAGAUGCCCUCAUGGAGGCCCGCAGAAAUUGAAAAGAAUGCCGCUUGCCGUUCAGGAGGCGUGAGCGUUACAAAUAACAGGCGGGUGGCCAUGAAUGGAAUGGAUCAGAUAUAAUGCAGGCAAUCACUUGUCUUGCCAUUCGCCCCGGAGGGAUUGUUCCCGUUUUUACUGCAUUCAAUGUGGGAAGAGAAGGAAAGGAGCUUUGAUUUCGUGUCCGUGAAGGAAGGAAGAGUGUUCAGUAGAGUAUCUUCUGAAUGCUUUUUUUAAGAGGCACGGAUGAGAUAAGUGGAGAUUUUUAACGUGUUUCUUGUGAGAUGUUUGAUUCUUAUGCGUAAUUUUUUCGGUGUGGUUGUUCAACUGCUAAAAGCUCUGCAUUUGUCGACUGGAACGGUGGACUCUGCUUUGGGGUUUUUUUUGAUUGCUCUGUUUUGAUGUGGAAAGUGGAAAGAUUGUAAAUUUAGUGUAAUUUUUUGGCUGAAGUUCUGGUGAUUUGAGAUAGUUGUUGGAUUUAAUGAAACGGAUGCUUUCAAUUUGAGGUAUAUUGGAAAGUCGUAGAGAUUGCAGCAGACUUUAAUUUGUUAUGCUUCAUAUUUUGCGGGGAGAUUUUGGGGAUUUGUUUGAUGUUUAGGCAGGUUCCAAGAUUGUUUAUGCUGCUAAGAAGUAUGAAGAUGUGUCGGAUUGAAAAUUUUAAUAAAGAUGUGGGUUUUGGCAUAAGUUUUGGAGAAAAAAUUAUUUGAGGGGACGGCCUGCGGUUAGGAUUUGAACCGCAUAGAAGCGAGUUCUCUAUUCAAUUUAAUCUGUGGCGUUGAUCUUAAUUGAGAAAUGCUAAGCUAAUUUUUAGGAGUUUCCCAUUCUCACAGGCAGACGAUUUUGCAUUUGAUUUUCUGGAUACUCUGUGUUCUCCUCUUUUGCUACUCACUCCCUGUAGAAAAAGAAUUUAGGAAUAAUAUUAGCUUAGCCAUGGGUUCAGAAGGGAAGGAAAAACCUAGGAGGCCUCCGCCGGGUGUUCAGCUUAUUAGAAGGCUAAGACGAAGAGAUUUUAGCCGUCGUACGUACAGAUACUCUGUACUAUUUGUAACCUUCAUAGCAUAUGCUAGCUAUCAUGCUUCUCGAAAGCCUAGUAGCAUAGUGAAGAGUGUUUUGGAUCCAGAAAGCAGCGUCAAUAGUUUCGCUGCCGCGAGUAGUGAUCGGAGCUUUUCAUUGCUAGAGAAUUGGGUAUUUGUGAGGAACCUUAAUAAGACCGAUUCAAGUACAGGAUGGGCACCCUUCAAUGAAAAGGGUGGAACAGCUUUGCUUGGAGAAAUUGAUGUGGCAUUUCUUUCCGUAUAUGCAUUGGGCAUGUAUUUUUCAGGACAUAUAGGUGAUCGGAUGGAUCUCCGUGUAUUUUUAACUAUUGGAAUGGUGGGCAGUGGCAUCUUUGUGGCCCUCUUUGGUAUGGGGUAUUGGUGGAAUAUACACAGUUUUUACUUCUUCCUAGUGAUGCAAAUGGUGGCAGGGCUAUUUCAGGCCACUGGGUGGCCUUCUGUUGUUGCAGUUGUUGGAAAUUGGUUUGGAAAACGGAAAAGGGGUUUAAUAAUGGGUAUAUGGAAUGCCCAUACUUCUGUUGGAAAUAUUUGUGGUUCCCUGAUGGCAACUAGUGUUUUACAGUAUGGGUGGGGUUGGUCAUUUGUUCUUCCUGGGGCUGUAAUUGCAUUUGCAGGCAUUAUUGUGUUCAUGUUCUUGGUUGUCAAUCCUGAGGAUGUUGGGUAUGACUCGCCCUAUGAGACAAAGAAGAAUGAAAAUCUGCAAUCUGCAAGAGACGAAGAAGCGGGGCUAUCCACAGAUGAAAAGGUCAUUGUGGUUGACGAAGGUAUUGAUAGCAGUGAAGAACGGAAAGUUUUAGAUCAGAUAGACAGAACGGUUUUGAUUGAAUCUAAUGGGGUUGCCUCAGCUGAAUCUAAUGGGGAUGGUUCGUCUGAUUCAGGUCCAGUUGGAUUCAUAGAAGCAUGGAUGAUACCUGGAGUGGCUUCAUUUGCCCUCUGUCUAUUUUUUUCAAAGCUUGUUGCCUACACAUUUUUAUACUGGUUGCCAUUUUACAUAAGCCAUACAGCUAUUGGAGGUGAAUAUGUCUCUGUAAAGUCAGCCGGAAACUUUUCAACAUUAUUUGAUCUUGGGGGAGUGGUGGGUGGAAUCCUAGCCGGCCAUAUUUCUGAUAGGCUUGAUGCUCGGGCCAUUACUGCAGCUAGUUUCAUGUACUGUGCAAUUCCAGCUCUUUAUGUUUAUCGGGCUUAUGGUAGUAUUUCUAUGCCAGUGAAUAUUGCAUUAAUGAUGGUUGCUGGGCUGUUUGUGAAUGGACCGUAUGCUCUCAUUACAACAGCUGUUUCAGCUGAUCUUGGUACACACAGCUCACUCAAGGGUAAUGCCAGAGCUCUGGCUACUGUCACUGCUAUAAUUGAUGGUACCGGUUCGGUUGGGGCUGCAUUGGGACCACUUUUGACGGGCUUUAUUUCUUCAGGAGGAUGGAAUAAUGUCUUUAUCAUGCUCAUGGUUGCAGCUUUAGUUUCUGGUCUUCUUUUGACCCGCUUGGUUAUAGAUGAAGUCAAGGAGAAAGUUCGCAAGGCAAAAGCUGAAAACUCAGGACAUCAAAACAUUGCAGAUAAUAUAAAUCAGCCACUGCUAAGAUAGAGGCACUGAAAUCUUUUAGUACUGCUGAGAGAAAGGUGCUGAAAUAGUCUGCCAUGAUUUUGGCCAAGUCAAACAGACGGCCUUCGCCCUCGUUGAUUAUCCACAAUGAUAAGAUGCUCAAAUGGACCGUCGUCAACCCCUUGUUGAUUUGGCUGACAAUACAGUGGACAUACUUUCUCUGGUUAAUUCUGUGUAUAAUUUUUGCAGAAAUCUAGCAAUUGCUAUAUUAUCUGGGAAAUAUCAAUUACGAGGGAGAGCUUGAUUGUACUAUGUUGGGAACUACAUGUUUGUCUCAUUAUAUAUUGGGUAAGCAGAAGUUGCCAUGGCUAGAUAUUACAUGAUUUUCUGUAUUCAUUUGUAAAGUAUUCGCAAGUAUGGGGGCACUACAAUUGUAGCAUUGUUCUCUGUUUUCUAUUCCCUACGCUCAAACUUUUUAAACAAUAUUUGGCCCUAUUUUACCAGUUGGAAAGGGUUUUGCAAUAUAAUUCGUCUUGGCUAGAAGAAAAUAA